AUGCAGCGACCACGUGUCUACUCCUCCUCAAAUGAGACCAUUCUCGAAGCGUUCUCUUCCUCGCCUGCUACACGCACUCCAGGUCCGGCAGAUGUCACACGUGGUUCCUUUCCCUCAGGUCCAUCAUCUCACCUCCCGCAUUCGGUCGUGCCUCUGCGUCAAAGCCUCUCUUCCGGCCUGGAGUCCACCGCCGAGGUAAGCGACAGUCAUGGCGUUGUGAAAGGGAGGCCCCUUUCAGGGAAUAAGAAGCAAGAGAUUGUGGGAGUAGAUGUGGAUGGAGACGAUGAAUCGGAUGAAGAUACCGCCACCGCUGCCAGCAUCAAGUCACGACAUCAUGUCGUGAAGCGUGCCAAACUUCCACAGACCAUAGGCUUCCAUUUCGAUUGGUGGAUCGCACGCAUAGCAACUGCGGCGGUGAAUCCGGACUUCAAGGUUCUAUGUGCGAGCAUGAUGCUGUGGAGGGAGAGGAACGAGAUUUUGCAAAUUCCCACCUAUCGAGCGAAGGCCAUACUGCGAACGUGGUUGAAACACAAUGGUGCUGUUCCGAGCACAUUACGGUCGCAGAUACACCAAGUCUUGUCAUCAGCAGCACCAUCUGACAGCAUGGCCACACUCAGAGGAGCAGGCGCAUCCCCUGCGCAGACGAUGGAUUGGGACGUCCUGCUGGGAGAGAUCAGGCAGGCGAGCGAGAGGAUGCAUCAGGACCGAAAGUGGAGACUGAGAGGAAAGAAAAAUGCUGCCGGUUGGUGUAAAUGGGGAGCGAGGCAGAGGGUAAAGGACAGGGGCGAAUUUGUUGAAGAAUCGACAACUGGAUAUGAGGUAGAAAGAGAAGGAGAAGGCCGGACGUUGGUGGCUAUGCUAGGGUAUCGGAGGAACGACGCGGUGGUAAAGGCCAUGGAUCUGGAUGGCGAAGUAGUUGAUGCUGAUGAGACAGUGACUGGCGAGAGGGACGUUGAAGGAGAAGAAGCCGUUCAGGAGGCUAUGAACAGUCCGACGAACUACAAUGGCGACGGCUUCGAUGCCGCGAUGGAAGAAGCUCCGGGGCCCUGA